AUGCAUAAACAUAAAGGGGAUCAUCAUCAUCAUCAUCAUCUGCGAGGUGUAGUUAGAUCACAUUCUGAACCACCUUUGAAAGACAAAGCCUCAUCGACUCCCUCUACAUCAUUUGCUGCAAUCGAGAAUUACAAUAACAACCAUCUAUUCUAUGAGGAGGAGGAAUCUGAAACUAGUUGUGAAGAUUCAGUCGUCAGACGUUAUGAUGAAGAAGAAGAUUCAUCUUGGAUAUCAUGGUUCUGCAAUCAAAAAGGGAAUGAAUUCUUUUGUGAAGUUGACGACGACUAUAUCCUCGACGAUUUCAACCGCUCUGGUUUGAAAAAUCAAGUGCCAUUCUAUGAUUACGCAUUGGAUAUGAUUUUGGACGUUGAGUCUUCUGACAUCGAUGGUACCUUACAUGAUCAUGAGCAGAACAACUUGAUCGAAUCCGCGGCAGAGAUGCUCUAUGGUUUGAUUCAUGCUAGAUACAUAGCAACUACCAAAGGAACUUCUCAAAUGUUGGAGAAGUACAGGAACUAUGAUUUUGGUAGAUGUCCGAGAGUUAACUGCAGCAAACAAAGAUGUCUACCUGUAGGUGAAUCAGACCCAAGAUUGGCUACUGUCAAAAUCUACUGUCCCAAGUGUGAAGAUAUUUACUCCCCACAAUCCAGACACCAAGAACAAAUCGAUGGGGCAUACUUCGGAACCACAUUUCCUCACCUCUUUUUCUUGACUUAUGGCCAUCUUAAGCCACAGGAAGCAAGUCAGAGUUAUGCUCCAAGAAUAUUUGGUUUCAAAGUCCACAAGAAAUAG